AUGAAAUUCCAAGAGGACUAUUACGACCCCGACGAAGACGUGAAGCCCUCGUCUCCCGGCCUGGUGCCAACGCAGAUCAAUUACGAACCUGAAAAUAGUCCGCCGCCCUACUUCCCGGUAUAUGUGUCAUCGUCAGGAUCGUCGUCGCCAGAGCCAGACACGAGAACGAACAACCAAGAGGGCUAUACUGAAUCUGCUCACGUUCCAGUCAAGAAGAAACUGAAGAGGAAAAGGAGAAGAAAGGGUCGGACUCGUCCGUCUCAGGGUGACGCGGUACUGAUCCACUAUCUAGACCCAAAUCGUCCAGAUAUAGCGCGAGAAGUAGCUCAACACGCAUUGAAUUCUGCCUCUCAGUCGGAGGUUGAGGACGAAACAGAGAGGGAUAUAAGUGGAGAUGGUGAUGGUGAAGACGACGAUGGCGGUACCAAGGACAACUAUCGCGAUGAUUCACAGGCUACUGCGCUUACGAGCAAAGCACAGGCCGUCCUCCAUGAUGUUUAUAUUGUCUCGGCCAGCAUAGCCAUGCAUGGAGCAAUGAAUGGGACUAUAAAGAAGCAUAGCUUGGAUAAUGGCGCAGCAUCGCAUACAAGCUUGAAUGCGCUUCACAACCCAGAAGCUUCCUUGAAAUCGUUAUAUCCCCAUUCACCAUUGAAGUUCGUGCCGACAUUCCCAGAAGGCAGGAGUGAAAUUGAGGAUGAAUCCAUCACUAAAUCUCCUGCGCUGGCCAGGUUUGCCAUAUUUGCGGCAGAGACAGAUCCAGAUAGCACCCUACCAGCCAUACAAAAAUCACCACCUCAAUCGAUGUCAAGCCAAUCACCCAAUGGCAUUCAAAGCCUCCCUUCUCUCCAAACCACUCUCGGCCAAAUUAUAGGCACACCGAUUGCAGACACCCCCUAUCCAAGUCAUCCGAGCUUUUGGCGAGAUAAUCCCAAGGAGGUUUCGUUUGGUACAAUAUCACCACCAGCAUCCGUGCCUGAUCCAAUCCCCACGUCGUCAUACCCUACAUCGAAAGAGAACGCAAGCCCUGAAAGCAGUACCACUUCUCAGUCGCUAAAUUUCACCAAUAGAGCUAUCGCAACAACAGCCUUCAAAUGUACUUAUUGA